CCCGAGGCCAUCCAAACCGGUCUCGUGCAUCGCUCACUAGCGUACGUGACGAUCGAUCAAGCGACCGGUGCACUGCCUCGACCGAUCAGUUCAACGAUGACGAUGGCCAGCGUUGCGUCGGGCCUGGCGAUCAUGGCGCUGGGCGUCGUCCUCCUGGCGUCGCCGUCGGAGUGCGCGCGCGCCUUCUUCGUGUUCGGCGACUCCCUGGUGGACAACGGCAACAACAACUACCUGAUGACCACCGCGCGCGCCGACUCGCCGCCGUACGGGAUUGACUACCCCACGCACCAGGCCACCGGGCGCUUCUCCAACGGCCUCAACAUCCCGGACAUCAUCAGUGAGCAGAUCGGCGCGGAGCCCACGCUACCGUACCUGUCCCCGGAGCUCCACGGCGCGAAGCUGCUCGUCGGCGCCAACUUCGCGUCGGCGGGCGUCGGCAUCCUCAACGACACCGGCAUCCAAUUUGUGAACAUCGUGAGGGUGAGCCGGCAGCUGCACUACUUCGGCGAGUACCAGGGGAAGCUGCGUGCGCUGGUGGGCGCGUCCCAGGCGACGCAGAUCGUGAACCGGGCGCUGGUGCUCAUCACCCUCGGCGGCAACGACUUCGUCAACAACUACUACCUCAUCCCCUUCUCCCUCCGCUCCCGCCAGUUCUCCCUCCCCGACUACGUCCGCUACCUCAUCGCCGAGUACAAGAAGAUCCUCAUGAGGCUGUACGAGAUGGGCGCGCGGCGCGUGCUGGUGACGGGGACGGGCCCGCUGGGCUGCGCGCCGGCGGAGCUCGCGCUCCGGAGCCGCGACGGGGAGUGCGACAGGGACCUGAUGCGCGCGGCGGAGCUGUUCAACCCGCAGCUGUCCCAGGCCCUGGAGGAGCUCAACGCACGCUACGGCGACGGGACCUUCAUCGCCGCCAACUCCUUCCGCGUCCACUUCGACUUCAUCAGCGACCCGGCGGCGUACGGGUUCCGGACGGCCAAGGAGGCGUGCUGCGGGCAGGGGCCGCACAACGGCGUCGGCCUCUGCACGGCGGUGUCCCACCUCUGCGCCGACAGGGACCAGUACGUGUUCUGGGACUCGUACCACCCCACGGAGCGCGCCAACCGGAUCAUCGUCAGCCAGUUCAUGACCGGCUCGCUCGACUACGUCAGCCCGCUCAACCUCAGCACCGCCCUCCACAUCGACGCCAGCCUCAUGGACUGAUGAUAUGCUACUAGGAAGCUACGUACGUGUCGAUCCGUAACUUUGUUGAUUGUUUGGUGUUGCAUGCAUGCCGUGGUUCAUGCCACUCUCGGUUUUGAAUGUGGUGUUAGUUGUGUGUUGCUAAUUGGAGGUCAAUAAUAUGUGUAACCAGUAAUGGUGUACGUGCAAUGAAGGUGUCAUGCUCGAAAACAUAAUGACCAGUGAGAUGUAUCUGCCAAUGGAAACAGAGAGUAAUAA